AUGAACUUGCCGCCCGACAAAGCCCGGCUGCUGCGGCAGUACGACAACGAGAAGAAGUGGGAGCUCAUCUGUGACCAGGAAAGGUUUCAAGUGAAGAAUCCUCCCCAUACAUACAUCCAGAAGCUGAAGGGCUAUCUGGACCCGGCUGUCACCAGGAAGAAAUUCAGAAGACGAGUCCAAGAGUCUACUCAAGUACUCCGAGAACUGGAGAUUUCUUUAAGAACAAAUCACAUUGGAUGGGUCAGGGAGUUCCUGAAUGAAGAAAACAAAGGCCUGGAUGUUCUGGUGGAGUACUUGUCCUUUGCACAGUACGCAGUCACGUUUGACUUUGAAAGUUUGGAGAACAACGUGGAAAACUCGGUGGACAAGUCCAAACCGUGGAGCCGCUCGAUCGAGGACCUGCACCGAGGCAGUAACCUACCCUCGCCGGUGGGCAACAGCAUUUCCCGCUCCGGCCGACACUCGACUUUACGGUAUAACACCUUGCCCAGCCGAAGAACGCUAAAAAAUUCCAGAUUAGUGAGUAAGAAAGAUGACGUUCACGUCUGCAUCAUGUGUUUACGGGCCAUAAUGAAUUACCAGUAUGGAUUCAAUAUGGUCAUGUCGCAUCCGCAUGCCGUUAACGAAAUUGCACUAAGUUUGAACAACAAGAACCCCAGGACAAAGGCCCUUGUCUUAGAACUUCUAGCGGCUGUUUGCCUCGUCAGAGGAGGGCAUGAAAUCAUUUUAUCUGCGUUCGAUAACUUUAAGGAGGUGUGUGGAGAGAAGCAGCGCUUUGAGAAGCUGAUGGAGCACUUCCGAAAUGAGGACAACAACAUAGACUUCAUGGUGGCCUGCAUGCAGUUCAUCAACAUCGUCGUCCACUCGGUGGAGGACAUGAACUUCAGGGUCCACCUGCAGUACGAGUUCACGAAGCUCGGCUUGGACGAGUACUUGGACAAACUGAAGCACACGGAGAGCGACAAGCUGCAGGUGCAAAUUCAAGCGUACCUGGAUAACGUUUUUGAUGUGGGAGCUUUGCUGGAGGAUGCCGAAACCAAGAACGCAGCUGUGGAAGAACUGGAAGAGAACAUUUCCCACUUAUCUGAAAAACUCCAAGAUACGGAGAACGAAGCCAUGGCGAAGAUUGUGGAACUGGAAAAACAGCUGAUGCAAAGAAACAAGGAGCUGGAUGUGAUUCGGGAAAUCUACAAAGAUGCAAAUACCCAGGUUCACACCUUGAGAAAAAUGGUGAAAGAAAAAGAAGAAGCCAUCCAGCGACAGUCGACGCUGGAGAAGAAGAUCCACGAACUGGAGAAGCAGGGAACCAUUAAGAUCCAGAAGAAAGGUGACGGUGACAUCUCCAUCCUUCCUGUUGCUCUGGCCUCCGGGAUGGUGCCGGCAGGGUCGGAGGCUGUGGCUGGCACGUGUGUCGCACCGGUCGCUGGAGCUGCGUCCUCGGUACCGCUGCCACCGCCUCCACCCCCGUUACCCGCCGUAGCAGCAGCAUCCGAGGCAGUGCCGAACGGUCCUGUGUCG